CUAACAGCUCUCUAUAAGGAAAUCUUCUUAAACCAAUAAGAUCUCCAUAUUGCAUUGUUCCCCAAAUAAUAUGAAAACCUUAUUUAUUUUCGGUGUUAAGAAGACAAUCUUAUUAAAAAUGAUUUUCUUUAAAACCUAUAAGAAAAUCUUAUCAAAACAAUAAGAUCUCCCUAUUAUUUCCCAGAAACUAUUAUGUGGCUGUGAAUGCUACAAAUAACAGUACUUUUGGAAAAUAAUAAGAAAAACUUAUUACUUUUCGGUUUAAUAAGUAAAUCUUCUUAAAACAAUAAGAUUUCUAUAAGGAACAAUAAGAUCUCCACAUAAAACUUCGAAGAGACGAUCACGUCACUCUUGUAAUAACUGUACUUUUGGCCAAUAAUAAGAGAAACUUAUUAAUUGACAGUUUUAUAGGAAAAGCAUUUCGUUUUAUGAUCUCAGCGCGUUCGGACAUUCAUUUUUCUUAAAGUAAUAAUUUAUAGCCUUAUGAUGGAUAAGGAAAGUGAUUCGCGAAGUGUGACACUGAACGACAUAGAAAACUUAUUAAGCGAAAGAAAUAACUUAAGUGAAGUGAUAAGCAUAAGUUUGCCUUGCAUUUCGUGGAACGAAAAGGACGUUGAGGAAACCCAAAGAAUCUAUGAAUCCUGGGGAUUAAGUAGCUCCACUUUGGCUUUCCUUAAAAUGUAUGGAUUAAAUUCCAUCGAAGUGUUAAGCAAAAUGGAAAUAGAAGAUGUUGAUAAAUUAUUCACAAAUAUAGAUAGCUCAGGCUACUUUGGCGAGAGAAUUAAAUUUCAAGUUGGAUUAAAAAAGUGGAGAAAAGACAAGGUAAGUGAUUUUAUUAUAACACUUUAAGUUCAUAAGUAUAAGUUUUCCUACAAUUUUUUACAUUUGUAUUGCGCAUUUUGUUUGACUUCAUGGACAAGUUGAGGUUACUCUAAGAAGGAUUCGACUUCGAGUAUACCUAGUUUGACCACCAGAGUAAAAACAUAUGUGGGUACAUUAUGUACAUAUGUAACAAAUUUAUGUCUGCGGAACCCCAAAAAUGUAAAAAAAAUGGACAACUCUAAUGCACACACAUGUCAUAUUUCAGAAUAAACCGUUAGUUUGUGACCAAGGCACACUCUCACCACCAUCGACCCGAAAGGUCCUGGAAUGGCUCGAAAAAAUUUCUAAUGAUUUGAAUUCUGCCUCUUCUUCAAGAGCCUCUACAAUUUCACGUGUUUCGGAGUCGAGAGAAGCAGACCUCACCAGCCUUCUGAAGACAACUAUAAGAGGGCAACUUAUUUUGGCUUACUAUGAAAAAAAUGCAAACCUAGACAGUAAGAAGCAGAAGGAUCUGACUCAUUGCAUUGUGGAGAGGUUUGUUGGAAUUGGUGCGAAAAUGUCAUAUAGAGAUAUGAACCUUUGGGCGAACGCUAUCGCGGAAACUUUUCCAACAGAAAAUAAGGACACUUACUUUUUGGCUCGGAAGGUAGGAAAAAAAAAUCCAACUGGAAAAUUGUUUUCACGUUGGUGUAAUGUCGAGCGUUCUGCUGAUGCCGAAAAAAAAAUUGAUGAAUGCGAGUUAGAACAGACCCUUUGUCUGAUGGUAAAUAUUAAGAUGCAGAAAUUUACGGAGAAAAAGUGCUGGCUUCAACACAAUUGUUCUCCAUGGGACAAAGUAACACAACUUUGGAAAGAAACUACUUUACAGAGGAAUUUGCAAUUCCAAUCGGAAGAGGAGUUGUCACUGACAAAACUUUUGCAACAUUGGCCACGUUUUAAUGACGCCAAUGGUUUUGAACUGAUUGACAUAGACUUCGAAAGCCUGCAUCCUGGAAAGGGGAGUCUUAUGUUCACGAAAUACGACAGUUUUAUUUCAAAAAUAGUAUUAUAUUUUGAAAGCGAGAUUAAAGACAAAGCGUCAAAAGAAAUGCUGAAACUUUUGCAUAAGGAUGAAAUUUCAAAAGAUUCUAGAGACUGCAUCAUGUCUCUCCUGUUGCACUCAGUACUUCAGCCUACUCGACUGAAGAAAGGAUAUAAACCGACAAUAGCUGAUGCGCAGUCAGAUUUUGUUGUGCAUGUCAGAUCAACAAAUGAUCUUUUUCCGACGCUGGACAAAAUAAAGCUGUCAUUCUUGGAGAAUAAAGAAAGUCUUCAACCCAGGGUCGUCGUUGUAGGUCCAGAAUUGCACGACCUCAAAGACUUCUAUGUCUUUUGUGACGGGAUAAGGUACAAAAGCUGUUCAUUUAUAAAAUGCCUUGAUAUAAUUAUAAAAUUAUGUUCUGUUUAUAAAAUUAAGUAUUCACAAAGAAGCAAACUAGUCUGGACAUUUUUAGAGCAAUAUUUCUUUCAAAUUGAAUGUGAAACAUUUUCAUCUGUUUCAAAUUUAGUUAAGAAACUUUCUUAA